GUGCAGCAGGAGGUAAGGUCUCCCUCUCGCCCGCAGCUACGGGGCUCAUGAUCGGCUGCUUGAUCUACCCCGACGGCUGGGACUCGAGCGAGGUGAAGCGCCUGUGCGGGGACAAGACGGACAAGUACACGCUGGGCGCCUGCACCGUGCGCUGGGCGUACAUCCUCUGCAUCAUCGGCAUCCUCGACGCCCUCAUACUCUCCUUCCUGGCCUUCGUGUUGGGCAACCGGCAGGACAACCUCCUCCCGUCCGAUUUUAAAGUGGAAAAUAAAGAAGAAGGCAACGACGGACAGAGCUGA